UUUAGCAAAAAUAUUCCUUAACCGUAAGCGAAGAACAAAUAAAGUUUUGAUACACAUCGGCUGCUGCAAAGGAGUGAUCUACAAUGCCACGUGAAGAGAAACGAAAACGGUUUCAUGAGGCAGUUCUCAAGACACUCUAUCCACCGCCGUCUCCGCCGGAAUCGGAGGAGGAAGAGGAAAAGAAGCAGGUGAUCGCAUCAGACAGGCCUCUCAACUUCGGGCUUGAAAAUCCAGAUGAUUUUGAAGCGAGCAAAGGCAGUUCCCCAAAGACUGGUGACGAAGAUGACGGAUGUCAACCUGAGACUCAUAAGCUGAGUAGAGCUCAAAGGAAACGACUUAGAAGGAAAAAGCUCAAAGAAGAUGCUUGCCGCCGUGGAAAGAUAAUCGGACCUUUGUUACCAUCACGCCAAUAUGACGGAGUUGAUUCAUUGCAAGGUGAGCCUGAAGGUGUUCGACAAAAUGCCCGAGACGAACAAGUUGCUUCAAGUGACAAACCGGCCGAUCAGCAAGGUGAUUGUAGUAGCAAGAACAAGUUGAAACACAGGAGGAUAGCUAAGAGGUUGGCUAAGGAUGGACUAGAAUCCAAUAAAAGUGAGAAUUCUGAUGGAGGUAAAGAGCGGAAAGUAAUCUAGUAAAAGAGAAUUGCUUAAGCAAGUCUCGAAUUACAAGUAAGGUACGUGGCCCGAAUCGAUCUAGAUUAAUCAGAACACACCUUGAAAAUCGGAUGAGCAACCAAAAACAAUAAUAAUUGAAGUCCUUUAACGCGGGUAGUUGUGAUUAAGAAUCAUGGCAUUCUUGUU